AUGAAUCUUUCGUUCGCCGGUUGUGGGUUUUUGGGCAUCUACCAUGUGGGAGUUGCCUGCUGUUUUCGAAAAUACGCUCCCCACCUGUUGCUGGACAAAAUAUCGGGAGCUUCCGCUGGGGCCAUCGCUGCUUGUAGUUUGAUUUGCGAUCUACCCAUUGGGGAAAUGACCAGUGAUGUCCUUAGGGUGACAACAGAGGCCCGAAGCAGAUCUUUGGGGGCUUUCUCCCCUUCCUUCAAUAUCAACAGCCUACUUUUGGAAAACUUGGAAAAAUUCCUUCCAGAUGACGCACAUGUUAGAUGCAGCGGAAAACUACACGUCUCUCUGACAAGGGUACAUGAUGGAAAAAAUGUAGUGGUUUCACACUUUGACAGUAGAGAAGAACUCAUCCAGGUCCUAUUAGCAUCAGCGUUCAUACCAAUCUUCUCAGGAUUGUUCCCUCCCAAAUUCAAGGGCGUACGGUACAUGGACGGUGGAUACAGCGACAACUUGCCUACAUUGAACGAAAACACCAUCACAGUCAGUCCUUUUUGUGGGGAAAGUGACAUUUGUCCCAGAGAUGACAGCUCCCAGUUAUUCCAUAUCAAUGUUGCCAAUACCAGCAUUGAACUAUCAAAACACAACAUAUACAGGAUAGUCAGAAUUCUGUUCCCGCCGAAACCAGAAGUUCUUUCCAAUAUGUGCAAACAGGGAUUCGAUGAUGCCUUGAGAUUUCUGCAUAGAAACAACCUCAUCAACUGUACUAGAUGCCUGGCUGUGCAAUCGACAUUCGUCGUAUCAGAGACCAUAGAAGAAGAUUUGGAAUACGAUCCACAGUGCAAAGAAUGCAAAUUACAUAGACAGGAAGCCCUCGUUUCAAAUGUUCCAGAAUCCGUUUUGAGCAAAUUCCAAGAGGCCAUCGAUAAGGCAAACAACGGUUUGCUACACUGGCUGUUCAAACAUAGGGGAAUGAAAUUGUUGUCCGUUCUCACACUGCCCUAUACCCUACCAGCAGACGUUGUGUACGCCACUUUCACCAAGUUUCGAAAUUUGCGCGAGGUCAACGCCAUCAGACCGAAAGUGCUCUGUAGGACGUUGACGAACUUUGAUUUCCAAAGUUUCAGCGGUACUAACUUAGAGCGAAGGUCGUUCCAGUUCGAAACGCUGGGAAACGCUAUCAUGGCCUCCUCCCCUAGCUUUGCAUGCCAUCACCAUUUAGUUAGAGAGAGAAGGUUUAUGGCUGCAGCGCCACAGAUCGGCAACGGGGCAUGGGAAUUGAGCAAAUUCAUUUUGGACAAAAUGAGCAACAUUCUUGGAAAAUUCAGUAGGAAGAGUCAACAAAUGAGUGCCAAAAUCUCCUGUCAAUUGGCUAUUACAGAAUACGGAGGAAAUAAAUUCGAUGUAGAAGCAUGUCAGGAUCUCAAUAGUGAGAACAAAGUGAAUUUGAACUUUACUCUCAACUUGGACGAUAGUGAUUUACCAUUGGCUCAGAGUCAUUCUCGCAAAUUCCGUACCAGGGAUAUUCUGCACCGGAAACCGAGUUUCACUGUGAACAGGAGCGACACGAUGGACAAUGACACUUUCGAACACAUUUUGCAGGUUACGUCCCAACACGACACCAUCAUGGCUUACUAUUAUUUGGACGAAAAUAAUACGGUUAAAGUCACAGAAAUUUUCGACGUAACGGAUAGCGAUUCUCCAAUCGUUCAAAGUUCCCAGGAGCGUGAUAUCAAUCAGCAUCUGGAGUUUGAUGAUGGAUGGGAUGAAUCCUCGUACAUGAACCAGCAAACCAUGGAUGACCACAUGUCCGAGUACGACUUGGAAGACAUCGUGGACAAUAACAGCACGCUCUUCUCGGACCCAGAGAGCGAAUGGACGGGCACCUUCAAAGUGGAAGAGCCGGAAGACGAUUCCAGCACCAACAACGAUUCCAGGCCGGAGUCAGAAAGGCCCUCGGAGGCCUGGACCAACAAAUACAGGAUCCCCAGUUUCGCGCUAGAGGAUUUGGACACGUGAGUCGAUCGGAUCAGAUCAGGAGAAAGUUCGUUAUUUUGUUACUUAUAGUCCAAGAACCGGCUGCAAAUUUCGACCGUCAUCGAUUUGAAAACGAAAUAACGUAUGGAUUACGGCAAAGUUGCCCAAUUUGA